AUAGACUCGUAAGCUUUACCCGGCUGUUAUAUAUUAUAUGUACCCAAGUGACGUCAUUGUGAUUAAUCAACAGGUGGGGGAGGAGGACUUCCCGUGCCACCGUGCGGUGCUCGCAUGGAACAGCUACUUCAGAGCCAUGUUCGCCCACACCAAGGACGACACCGUACAACUAGAGGGAGUCAGCGUGCACGUAUUUGACAAACUUCUCAACUAUCUGUAUACAGGCAAGAUAACUGUUACGACCGAUGAUGCGCAGGACAUCCUUGCGGCUGCCACCAUGUUUCAGUUCGACAGGGUGGUAACGAAUUGUGAAGAGGUCUUUUUACAAAAUCUCGAGGCUGCCAACUGUUUGAAGGUUCUGUGUAUCGCCGAUGUCUACUCGUGUGUGAAACUUAAACAACGUGCAGUUUCGAUGGCGCUUGACGUUUUCCAGAAGGUUCUGAACUCAGAAGAAAUGCUUGAGCUUCCCGCGGACCUAUUCAUUGAAUACAUUUCAGACAAGAAACUUGUGGUCAAGUCGGAAGACGACGCCUUCAAAGCUGCGUUGGGAUGGUUGAAUAAAGAUGUGGACAAACGCAUCGCCCAUUUGCCAAAGAUUCUGGACGGCCUUCGUCUCACGCAGGUGAAAGAGAGCCUUCUAUCGAAGUUAGCCGAACAUGCAGCCGUGCGCGACAUGGAAGAAUGUCAGAUGAAGAUCAGGGCAGCGAGACAACAGCAGCACGACUCAGUUGGUGAAGACAGCUGUGACGACUCUUCACAACUACAUCUGAGAGAGCUGAUGUCCCCGGACGUUCUCAUUGUGGUUGGAGGGUGGACCGUGCACGAAAGCCUCAGGUAACAUAAACAAGUCAUACUCCUUAUAAAAGGCUCGGUCACGGUCGUCAAACGAUUUUAUUAGACAGAACAGAAUGUCGACGAAGACAUACGGUAACAUUUUCUGUCACAAGAUAUUUAUAU